GUGAAUAUGGAUACUCAGAAUGACCGUCUGCCUCAGUACUUCAACGCAGCAGAGAAGUGGCCUGGAAAGAUCCAUGAACCCCUGGACCAGGGCAACUGCGCUGCGUCCUGGGCCUUCUCUACUGCAGCGGUGGCAUCGGAUCGAAUCUCCAUCCAGUCGAUGGGUCACAUGACCCCUCAGCUGUCGCCCCAGAACCUAAUUUCCUGUGACACGCGCAACCAAGGGGGCUGUGCUGGAGGACGUAURGACGGAGCCUGGUGGUACCUGAGACGCAGAGGUGUGGUGACAGAGGAGUGCUACCCGUUCUCUGCUCCCCAGCAUACGCCAGCGAAGGUGGGCCUCUGUAUGAUGCAGAGUCGCUCUGUGGGCAGAGGGAAGAGACAGGCUACUGCACGCUGCCCCAGCACACACACCUACCACAAUGAUAUCUACCAGUCUACACCUCCCUACAGGCUCUCAUCAAACGAGAAGGAGAUCAUGAAGGAGAUUAUGGAUAACGGCCCAGUGCAAGCCAUCCUGGAGGUCCAUGAGGACUUCUUCGUCUAUAAGAGUGGGAUCUAUAAACACACAGACGUCAGCUUCACCAAACCGCCACACUACCGCAAACACAACACACACUCCGUCAGGAUCACAGGGUGGGGAGAAGAGAGGAACUAUGAUGGGACAACUAAGAAGUACUGGAUUGCUGCCAACUCGUGGGGGAAGAACUGGGGGGAGAACGGCUACUUCCGCAUCGCUCGCGGAGAGAAUGAGUGUGAGAUCGAGGCGUUCGUGAUCGGCGUGUGGGGUAGGGUCACCAUGGAAGACAUGCAAAGCCACCAUCACCACCAACAUCGCCGACGCAAGUAGAGACAGGCACUCCAGGAACUCAGCAUCCCCAGACUCCCUACCCUUCACCCCGUACCCACUUCCCCUCACCAGCCCCAGAGACCCUACCUUUCACCACGUACCCACUUCCCCUCAGCAUCCCCAGAGACCCUACCCUUCACCCUGUACCCACUUCCCCUUCCUACCCUGGGGGAGCAACUCAACCAGCCCCAGACCCCCUACCC